AUGAAGCUCUUCCUUGUGUUUGUCUUGUCUUUAGUUUUAGUGCGUAGUAAGUUGCUCUUACCAAUCAGCGAUAUUGGGACUCCGUUUGUUUUCAAAAGACCGAUUAUAGCCAACCAGAUCUGCAAAGGAUCCUUUAAACUCUCCACACCUACCGAAGGAUCCCUGGACGUGACUAUCUUUUCUGAAGAGGGCAAGCGAGUUUUCUACAAAAGAGGCUUAAAGUCGCAAGAGACCGUUGAUUUCUCUUUCAACACCACCGAGCCACAAACCUUCCAAGUCCAGAUUGAGCAAGGCGACCCAGUGCCCGAAAAGACAGUUUUAGUGGAGUAUGAGAUUACCUCGCAGUUCAAUACUUUUAACAAAGCAGUUGCCAAGUCAGAAGUACUAGAGCCUGCUCUCUUGGAAAUCUCACGGAUUGAAAAGCUGCUUUACGAGCUAUCCUUACAAACCUCAUUCCGUCAGAAGGAAAUCGCCGCCUUUUCCAACAGUAUCAAUGACAUUGUUAUUUCCAUUCCCUGUAUCAACUUCAUCAUGUUCAUAGCUUUUGCUGGUAUUUUGGGGUACCAAAUGAUCUCAUUCAAAGACUUCCUCAAGAAGAAGAAGCUCAUCUAA